AUGCCCCCCAAGUCUCUCUGCAACCUCUCCCAGACCGCAGGCGCGAAUCAGAGCGGCUUCUUUCCCGGGGUGUCCGAGGGGGACUUGCUGGCCGCCGCCGACGGGACGAGCGCCAAGUUCGCGAUCCGCUGUGCGAUCCCGUCCCUCUACCUGCUCAUCAUCGCGGUGGGCUUGCUAGGCAACAUCAUGCUGGUGAAGAUCUUCAUGAGCAACAGCGCCAUGAGGAGCGCCCCCAACAUCUUCAUCUCUAACCUGGCCGCCGGGGACUUGAUGCUGCUGCUCACCUGCGUCCCGGUGGAUGCCUCGCGCUACUUCUUUGACGAGUGGAUGUUCGGGAAGGUGGGCUGCAAACUGAUCCCGGUCAUCCAGCUCACCUCGGUGGGGGUUUCCGUGUUCACUCUCACCGCCCUCAGCGCCGACAGGUACAGAGCCAUCGUCAACCCCAUGGACAUCCAGACGUCCCGGGCAUUGCUGUGGACCUGCGUCAAGGUGGUGGGGAUCUGGGUGGUCUCCGUGCUGCUGGCGCUUCCGGAAGCCGUGUUUUCGGAAGUGACGCGAAUUGAGGGCGUUGAAAAUGGCAGCUUCACGGCGUGUGUACCCUACCCUCAGACGGAUGAAUUACACCCAAAGAUUCAUUCAGUGCUCAUCUUCUUGGUCUAUUUCCUCAUACCACUUGCUAUUAUUAGCGUUUAUUAUUAUCAUAUUGCAAAGACCUUAAUUAAAAGUGCACAUAAUCUUCCUGGAGAAUACAAUGAACAUACCAAAAAACAGAUGGAAACACGGAAACGCCUGGCUAAAAUUGUGCUGGUCUUUGUGGGUUGCUUUGUCUUCUGCUGGUUUCCAAAUCACAUUCUCUACAUGUAUAGGUCUUUCAACUAUAAUGAGAUUGACUCAUCUCUAGGCCACAUGAUUGUCACCUUAGUUGCCCGAGUUCUGAGCUUUUGCAAUUCUUGUGUCAAUCCAUUUGCUCUCUAUCUACUCAGUGAAAGCUUCAGGAGGCAUUUCAAUAGCCAGAUGUGUUGUGGGAGGAAGUCCUAUCAAGAGAGAUCAACGAGCUACCUUCUCAGCUCUUCUGCAGUGCGUAUGACAUCUCUGAAAAGCAAUGCUAAGAACGUGGUGACCAAUUCUAUUUUACUAAAUGGGAACAGCAUGAAGCAGGAAAUGACACUGUGAUUUCAGCCAUUCAACUCACUACCUGGAAAGAACUUACCUUGCUAUCUCUAUGGAGCAGAGCAGAAAGAAACAAUUUUCUCAUUCUUACUAUUGCUCAGCUGGUUCAUCAGGCGAUUUCAUGAUUGACUCAGAAAAGGCAAGACAAACACAGCUAGCAUUCUUCUCUGAACAGGAUUUUGCCUUGAAAAAUAUAUAUCUCACACUAAAAGUCAUUCAAAUGAAAUUCUGUUUGUGUAUAAAUCAAUAUUGCUUCAGGAUUUAAGCUGUUGUUAGAGCCAACUCUACUGUAUUUAUCUUUGUUUUAUCUUGAAAUGUAUUCCUAUAUUGACUUGAUUCAGUGAUGGUAAUAUUCAAAUUCCUAUUAUUUGGAAAAGGAAUCAUAUUUCCCUGGUGAAUUUUAUU